AUGGAGGCAUAUACAUUGCCCUAUGGUUUGUUCUGUAACCUCAACAAUGUCCCAGGUGGCCUUGACCUCCGGACUGCUGGGCGCGGGCGGGAGGCCACAGCGCAGAGGAGCACAGCCCUGACCCGGCACCUGUCACGGGAGACGCCGGUGGGCGGGGCGGGGCGGGCUCCAAUCGGCUGGAGAGCCUGCCAGCCGCGCCUUCCAGGAGCGCUGCGAGCCAGCUCUCCGCCACCAGUGUUGUUUUUUAUCAUCUACAGUCAAAGAUUUGGUGCAUCCCAAGAAGUGGAGCCUGUAGAACCUGGGAAGUGCCACAUCGUUGAGGGAAUAGAAAAUGGCUCUGAAGAUAUUGAUAUACUUCCUAGUGGGCUGGCUUUUAUCUCCAGUGGAUUAAAAUAUCCAGGCAUGCCAAGUUUUGAACCAGAUGAGCCAGGAAAAAUCUUUUUGAUGGACCUGAAUGAGCAAAACCCAAGGGCACAGGCACUGAAAAUCAGUGAUGGAUUUGACAAAGCAUCAUUUAAUCCACACGGGAUCAGUACUUUCAUUGACAAAGACCAUACUGUGUAUCUUUAUGUAGUGAAUCAUCCCCACAUGAUGUCCACAGUGGAGAUAUUUAAAUUUGAGGAACAACAGCAUUCUCUUGUACACCUGAAAACUAUAAAACACGAACUUCUCCAAAGUGUGAAUGACAUUGUGGUGCUUGGACCAGAACAGUUCUAUGCCACCAGAGACCACUAUUUUACCAACUUAUUCUUGUCACUAUUAGAGAUGGUGUUGGAUCUUCAGUGGUCUUACGUUCUUUUCUACAGUCCACAAGAAGUAAAAGUGGUAGCCAAAGGAUUUAGUUCUGCCAAUGGAAUCACAGUCUCACUAGACAAUCAGUAUGUCUUUGUAGCUGACGUAGCAGCUAAGAACAUUCAUGUAAUGAAAAGAGAUGACAACUGGAAUUUAACUCAACAGAAGGUGCUACAGUUGGACGCCUUAGUGGAUAACUUAACUGUCGAUCCUGCCACAGGAGAUGUUUUAGCAGGAUGCCAUCCUAAUGCCAUGAAGCUGCUGAUCUAUAACCCUAAGGAUCCACCAGGGUCCAAAGUAUUCCGCAUCCAGGAUAUUCUGUCCAAGAAGCCCAGGGUGAGCACACUGUAUGCCAAUAAUGGCUCUGUGCUGCAGGGCAGCACCGUGGCUACCAUUUAUAACAAGAAACUUCUCAUUGGCACCAUAUUUCACAGAGCUCUAUACUGUGAACUCUAGACUCCAGAU